AUGUGCUCACGAGCAAGUUUGCUGCGUAGGUGCUGUCUCUCUGACCGCAGUCCCGGUGCCGUGGACCAAAUGUUCACAGACUUUGACGGCGUGGCCUACCACCUAGAGUCGACGAAGGAGGGCCCCCUCACGCUCUCGAUGGACAUCCGCUGCUGGCCGGAGCUCGUGCAGUACGGUGUCGUUGAGAACCUGCGCGCACUCUACGGCACAUGGAUGCGCGCUGAGCCGGAGGCCGACUACCGCAUCACGCUGCAGUUUGACUAUGCGGCGGUGCCGCCCGCCGGCGCCGAGCGCGAUGCGCUGAUCCAAGCGGCGGCGCUGCUGAAGCGCCAUGCGAUGGCCGCGCCCUUUGAGCGUGCGUUUGCGCAGCAGGCUGAGCUGGAGCGCGCGUUCGAGCCGGGCGCCGCGCCGCCCACGGGCGAGCUGCUCCCCGUGCACUACCGCGCGGACGAGGCCAUGUUUGUGUUGCCCGCGCACGACCGCGUGACGGUCGUUAUCAGCACGCGGUUCGAGGAGGAGACGGACCGCAUCUUUGGCAAGGUGUUCUUGCAGGAGUUUGUGGAUGCGCGGCGCCAGCCGUCGAUCCAGAACGCGCCGCAGGUGCUGUACUCGAACCGCGAGCCGCCGCUCGAGGUGCGGCACCUCGUCAGCCGCGGCGCCCUGGACGACACGGGCUAUGUGACGUUUGUGCUGUUCCCGCGUCACUUUGCGCACCCCGAUGUGCGCUUCUCGACCAUCUCGCACAUCCAGCUGUUCCGCGACUAUUUGCACUAUCACAUCAAAUGCUCCAAGGCCUAUAUGCACAGCCGCAUGCGCUCGCGGGUGAGCGAGUUUCUCAAGGUGCUCAACCGCGCCAAGCCCGAGCACGCCGAAAAGGAGCGCAAGACCGCCAGCGGUCGCACGUUCCGCCGCGCAUAG